UCUCGUACUUUACUUUAGAAGAAAAAAAACAGUUCCUUUUGUUUUGUCUAAAUGGCGCCGCCAGUUAAAACGGCGGCCGUUGAAACUAACGUCGUCGGUGAAGAGAAAAAACACCAUUAUAGAGGAGUGAGAAAGAGGCCAUGGGGUCGUUACGCCGCCGAGAUCAGAGAUCCUGUGAAGAAGGUUCGAGUCUGGCUCGGCACUUUCGACACCCCCGAAGAAGCGGCUCGUGCCUACGACAAAGCAGCUCUUUGUUUUCGCGGUGCAAAAGCCAAAACCAAUUUCACUUAUACUAACUUCGUCUACGACGAGAGUCCGAGCCAAAGCAGGACCGGCGUAUCAUCGUCGAUGAUCACCAGCCUCAAUCUUGAAACCAGGUUCCCUUUCCCGAAGAUUCAGGUCAAGUCCGGGAUGAUCAUGAUCGAUGAGUCGGCAAGGAGCGAGUCGGAAGCGUCGUCUGUGGUGAUGGAUCGUAGUCCUGAGAGACCAUCACGCCUGCCCUUGGAUUUCGAUCUCAAUUUCCCUCCAACGCCUGAGACCUAAUUCUUAUUAAUUGGAUAUGAACAUGGAAUUCUAUAACUUUUAGAUGAAUUAAAUGUUCUGAAAUCUAAAUCUAAAGAUUGAAGCUUGUCGUAUCUUAUUCAUAAAUUAGUGCCAAAAUAUUCAGCAGAGAGCUAAAAAGUAUUUGUUUUCUCAUCUGCUGUUGUUUAUCAUUAUUUGCAACUCCUUUGUAUUUUCUGAUCAACAUAAAUAAAACUUUGUUUUGG